CGGACAGGCAGCGCCCGGCGUGCUGCAGCCGUCCCGGCACCGCGCGGCUGUCUCCGAGGCCAUGCGGCUCAUCUUUCCCGGCGCUGUCUGCGCGCUGCAGGCGCUCACGCUGCUGCUCCUGCUCGGCCCCCUUGGAAAUGCCUUUGCAGAGGUGAACAUCACCAACACAAGCUAUAAUGUGACUUCAUCCCCUGUGGUGCAAGGAAAUAAUAAUGCAUCUAAUUCCUCUGCUGUGCCAUCCACACAAUCUGCAGCAGGUACGCCCACCAGUGCCAGCCAUCCCACCAGUGCCAGCCAUGCCACCAAUGCCAGCCAUCCCAGCAGCACCACUGCUCAUGUCACUGUUCCUUCUCAGCCCGCUGAGACCAACCAGACAAGAUCGACUACAGCUUCAUCAGUCACAUCAUCACAAGUGAAUGUUACAGUGACCACUUCUAAGAUUUCUUUCUCUCCUGUUACAGCCACAUCAAAAUCUGAGACUGUCAUAGCCAGAGCCUCCAGAUUUGACGUGGGCAGUUUUGUAGGUGGCAUUGUGCUGACACUUUGCGUCCUAGUUAUUCUCUACAUUGGGUGCAAAACGUACCACUCGAGAAGAGGCAUUCAGUACAGAACCAUUGAUGAACACGAUGCCAUCAUUUAAAGAGACUUCAGGGAGGAUGGUAGUGGAAACCCAUCCUGUCACAGCUGUUUUAACUUGCUUCUGGAAAACAUUCUUCUCAUGAUUGCAGUCUCUUAGGCUGUUUGUAGGUAUGAUCUGCAAAAUUAUGAGACUCUCCUAUGUGUCCUGAUUUUUUUUUUUUGCAUUAGUUUUGAUAAGAACAAGAGGAACUCGGCACUUUUUUGAGAGAUUAUUUUCUUUUUCCAAUAUUUGUAACCAAAUUUAAAGAAACCACAUAUUAAGUUGUUUGAAGGUAGACACACAAGGCUCUAAAAUAGGUAACUGCUGAACAGUAGACCACAUAAUUAUAAUUCUAAGUUAAGUUCAACUGUUUCUUAUGUGUCCCCAUAAAUCCAGUGUGUGCCAUAAUGGGCACUGUGGGUUAAAUAGGAUAGACUACCUUUGAGACCAAGUAUAAGUUCUUGCAAGUAAAGGGUUUUUUUUUCAACUGUUUUGUAUUAAAUUGUAUUUAUUUUGAAGUUUGAUGUGAACUUUAAUUUAGAAACUUGUGGGCUUGAACACUUCAGUUAAUUUUUAUUAGGAUAGUAAAGGGGCAAGACUUGCUAAUGUUAUAGAUGAUAAGGACUGUUAAGUUCAGUCAUUAGCUUACCAGUGACUUGUAGAGGCUUUCCUUCAUAGGCUACGUGAUGAAACUGGCUGCAGGAACUGUGGGCAGACUGGAGAUAUCCAUCCACAACCCCUUUUCUAAAUGGGUCCUUAUAAAAAAACAUAUAAAUAAAACAGACUAUGCAAUCCAUAGCUGCUAUUCAAUUGUAUAUCGUAGUGUUCUGCUGAAGAUGAAGUCAAAAUCUUCCCCUGAUAGAUAUGAAAAUUAUUGCUGAAAUUAUAUUUUAAGUUGAAUGUGGCAAUCACUUUACUUGUGUUUGGUUUUGCUUGUUUUUGUUUUUUUUUUGUAUUAUGAGAAUGCAACAUUUUAGCAGCAUUUGAUAAGCAUUGAAAGUUACACAGAGAAGUUGAAAAUCUGUAGGAUAUCAUUUUAGAAGAAUAUAAUCUGGAUUUUUCUAAGUAUUUUCCUAGACAAAAUUCUUCUGAAGGCAACAGGGCCUCUCUUAGAAAGCCAUAGCAUUAGGGUCCAAGUAUACCAUUCCUGAGCAGGAUGGCUGAUGCUGCUUCCAUAUUACGGUUGCAUUUACACUGAAGUAAAACUUACUGCCUUCAACAGAUAGGCACAUGAUUUACACUGGUGUAGGGAAGAGCAGAAUGAGAGCCAGGAAACGCUUCUCUUUAGCACCAAGAAGUUGUUCGGGCCCUAUUGAGGCCCCAUUUAUAGACCUCUCACUGGUGGUCAGGGUCGGCAUGGUGGCACUUCCCCAUCAGGCAGUGCCCAGAAGGGAGGUGGUGACACCUGGGGAAGGUCACGAAGGGACUGCUCACAGGCCUGUCAGUGGUAGAACAUCAGGGGAAGCAGAGCUACAGCUCUGGCACAGAUUUAUUAUUUUGUUUAUUCUUACACAUGUGCUUUCCUACAGCAUUGAAAUGGGUGUGUGAAUCUUAUCUUCCUUUUCUGUGUAGAGUAAUAAAGCUUUGUCUGAAGCACAAAUAAGUCCAACAAAUCGCGACAUAAAGAAACACCAGCCAUGCACUUGCAAUAGGGUUUGUAUGAGUGUUUUGUAUUUUACUGAGAUUGAGACAGGGAGGAGCAGUAACCUGAAGUAAUUUUUCCAGUUUUGUUUUAUCGUGUGUAUGGUUAUUUCUUUUUUCCUUAAUUGAUUGCCUUGUUUGGUGAAUUUUUAUUUUGUUUUAACUUGAUGAUUGUUACACAGCAUUGCAAUUCUUUACUUUGUAGAAAUUAAGAGAAUUCAGUGCAACCCUGUUACUGGGAUUGCCUCACCUCUGUUGUGCAGAUGAAUAAAGGAAGUUAAAUCUUUGGA